AUGGAAGGUUUCGCCCUGAGGUCCUUGCUGCCUAAUAACACCGAUAAAUAUUACAUCUACAACGGCUCCCUUACUGCACCUCCCUGCUCGGAAAUAGUGGAGUGGGUCGUCUUUAAAAACACUGUGGCCAUCUCUGAAACACAGCUCGAGGUGUUUUGUGAGGUGAUGACGAUGGAGCAGGCUGGAUAUGUGAUGCUGACAGACUAUCUGCAGAACAACUUCAGGGAGCAGCAGCAGCAGUUUAUGGGUCAGGUGUUCGCCUCAUACACCGGCGUGGAGGAAGUGCAAACACCCACCUGCAGCUCAGAACCAGAGAAUGUCCAGGCCGAUGCCCAGAAUGACACCACCAUUGUGGUUACGUGGGAGCGCCCUCGCUUUGUUUACGACACGACCAUCGACUGGUACACUGUCACCUACCAGAGGCUGCAGGGCAGAGAGCAGAACAGGCAGGAGUACAGGACAGACGGGGAUCAGGACGUGGGUGCCAUCAUCCCCAGCCUGCUGGCCAACAGCAGCUAUGUGGUUCAGGUCGUUGCUAUUUGCACCAAUGGACUCAAAGGGCGAUGGAGCGACCAGAUCAUAGUGGACAUGCCGUUAGAAGACCCUGAAAGUGAGUCCGAUCCCGACGCUGUCACAAAAGACUUUGGAGGCAACAACAAGGAGGUCUCGUCUAAAGGCAAAUGGGAGAAGCCUGACAGCCAGAACCGCUUAAAUUUAUCUCCAGACGACAACAGCCCCGUGGAGGAAAUCCCCCUUGAGCAGACCAAAGUUUACCAGAACCAGCCCGGUGACAAAACCCAGGCGAACCUCCCGGUCCCCGUUGGCUCUCGUACGACCCCAAAGUUCCCGUCUGAGUCCGCCGUCCUGCAGAAAACUCGACCGAAACAGAAUGUGAAAAAGAAAACGGGCCCAAAGAAGAGCAAACCUGAGGAUGUGGAUCAGAACUGGAUCGAUGAGGACCAAAUGAUGACGACACAGCGGCCGUUCACUAACUCAGGUUUUGAUGGUAACGGUGCAAUAUGGGUAACUGAGGUCACUGAGCAGCCGGGCUUCCUGUUUCCAGUGGCACAGUCCAUCACACCGCCGACAAUCCGCCGACAAAUGACAGAAGAGGCCUCGCUGUCAGAGCCGCAGAAUCAGAUCAGGAUCCACCAGAACAAGGCGGUGAGAGCGGCCUCCCUUCUCCCCAGUCGGACCUCCACCAAUCCUGUUGAGGACAUCGAGGUCACAGACGUCUUCUAUGAAGACGCAGACAUCAACGCUCCUCCAGAAACCGCAACCUCUCCAG